GGCCACACUAUACGGUUCUGCCAACGGCGACGAGAUGAUGAGUUGGCGGGGUUGGUUUCCUCUUGCAUGAACGGGGACAUAUAUGAUAAGUGGGGGGAUCAUAUCGACCCCAGGACCCCGGGAGGAAUCAGGCAAGAGGCUCUUAGGCGAGCAGCGGCAGGGCCAUCGGCACCCCCGACCAUGUUCAGGAUGUGGCAGGAAAAGGAAGAGCCGACCAUAAGAGUUGAGGAGAUUGUGGGGGAUAGUGAGGAGGUCACUCAACGACUAAAGGCGGGGACUACAAGGGAGGAGACAAUAGUCGUUGAGUCGGAUGACGAGGGGCGGGAAGAUGAAGGAGAGUCGGUCAUGGUCAUCCUGGGGAAGAUGGAAGAUCUGUUGGAAAAGGACUUACAACGGUUAAACGCCGUAACAGUGCGGCAAGGGGGGGGGUUGCCGAAUGCGGACGCAUUAUCAGAGUCGUGCGCAGGGAGGCCUAUAAUCUCGCUUAUAGACCUCUACUCAGGAUACGACCGAUUCCCCGUAUACCCGCCAGAUCGGCCCGUAACGGCGAUGCACACACCUAGAGGGAUGAUUCAUAUGAACGUGGCACCUCAAGGUUGGAUGAAUGUGGUGGCGAUGGUGCAAAGACAUAUGAUUAGAGCCAUGGAGACGGUUAGUCCACAUAUCACCCAGCCCUACAUCGAUGACCUGACGGUCAAAGGCCCAAAGGAGAAGGAGGAAGACGAAGUGAUGCCUGGAGUGAGGCGCUUCGUCUGGAAGCACGUUCAUGACAUUGAUCAGACAGUGCAUCUAAGGAAGUUGGUGCGUCAGGACCAGGAGUGGGUUUGGGGCAAGGACCAGGAAGAGGCAGUCGGUAGGAUGAAGGGAGAGUUUAAGGAAGGGGGCUUGGUAUUGGGGGCACCAGAUUAUGAGGCUACGGAGGAAAGACUGUUCGUCAUCGAGACGGACGUUGGGCCAACCGCCUUGGGAGGAGUCCUGUUUCAGGCAGACACUGAGGGGAAGGAGAGGCCGCUAAGGUUCGAAAGCCGUACCCUUAAUACGACUGAGAGGAACUACUCUCAGUUCAAGAAGGAGACGCUAGCGGUGCUCCACUACUUGAGGACCUUCCGAAACUACGUUUUCGGCAGGAGGCUCAUUUUGAGGGUGGACCCUACGGCGCUUGCAUGCUCCUUGAAGAAUUAUACUCCAUCUGACCCAACCAUCGCAAGAUGGUUGACCUACAUUUGGAUGUUUAAUUUUGAGCUGGAAAGGAUUCCAGAGAACAAGAACAGGGCAGAUAGGUUGAGCCGCAUCAACUGGGACGGAUCGGGCCAAKAAUCAAUAGAAGACGCGCCGCCAGUUGAUGGGUUCCUGGAUCAAGAGGAGGACGUUCGCCUGCAUAUAAACGAAUGGUCUCUGCGAGUACCCAGUUGCGUCAGUCAUCCCAUAUGGCUAGCGCCGAAGGGGUAUGAGCAGAAGGAAGAGUUAGUCCUCAAGCCCUUUCAGGAGGAGGAUCCGUGGGGAAGCAAAGACGUUGGCUGGAUGAUGAAGUUGGCAUUGGCAGAUCGAAGAGCUGGACGGAACAGGCUGGCAGGAUUGGGUGUCAGGAACCAGGUUGAAGAAGUUCGUGGCCAGGGAAUAGGUAAAGAUUACCACACUCUUAAGAAUAAACUAGUCCUUGAGGUGUUGCAUACUAUGGAAGGCCAGGUGGAGUUUCGCCGGAUCACGGGCAGUGACCUGCGAGGCCCGUCGCCGACACCGCCAGAGGAAAGGGAAGUCGUACCGUCGAGGACGCCGCUCGACAGCCUGGAGGCCCACCUAAAUGCGUCCCGGUGGAGGACGUCGCAGCAGGGAGCGGAUCAGAGCGGGCCAGUGCGGUACGAGCCAGCAGAGGAUGAGCCAAAGGCGGGGCCGCGUGGGCCAGAGGGGCCGCGGACUGGGGGGGUUAUUACUGUUAGGGACGAUACCCCUCCUCCUGCCCCAAUCCCGGAGCGGGCACCGCAGUAUUGGCCUGAGGGAGUCCCCGAGCCGGAAAGCGAAGAAGCUCCAAUACCUCCAUUGGGAGCUACUACGCUGCCUCCGACGCAAGCAGGGCCGAAGGGGCGAGAGGGGAGCGAGAGAGCAAGGACAACUGCUACUGUGACACCGCAAUUAGCUGAGCAUACGGUUGAGCCCCCGGACACUGAGAUGCUGACAUCCGAGGAGCCACUGCCAGAGCUGUCACACGCUUUGAAGGGGGUGAAUGUAGGGGUUCCACUACGGGAGGCCCGCAAAACGCAAGCAGAGAGGCCACUAAAAGAGACGGCGGAAGAGAAGCACGCAAGGGUACAAAUGCGUCUUGAGGAGAUAUACCAGGAGAAGAUUAGGAUGGAAGCCGCAGGGGAAGCGCCGAAGCCACCAAUCGACCCUCUGACGAGCGAGCAGAGAAUUCACGAGGUUUGGACUGAUUACGAGGGAAAGAGGGAUAAUGCCCGCUUGAGGUCGCAAGAGGCGGGGCAGGAAAACGCGAGGGUGGAUGAGGCACGAGAGACUGGGGACCUGGGGUUCUCAGCCACCUGGAUGACGAUUGAGCGGGCAGAUAGGAGGAUACGUGAGGUGGCGGUCUCGUCCUUCCUGCGGUACUCCAUGCUUAGUGAUGAGUUGGUGGCUUCGAGGUUAGAGGUGGAGCAGUUGUCCACCCAAUUGAUGGAAGAAAAGGCAGAGAACCAAGCGUGGAGGUCCCACAUGGAAGCCAAGGAGGCAGAAUGGGAGAGGAGGCUCCAGGACAUGGCAGCGAUGGUGAAGAGGCUCUCGGCCACUAAGAUGGUCGACUGGACGGAGCAGAGCCAGUAUGGUAUUCAGGGGAAGGAGGUACAGGGGCUCUUUGGCCAGGAAGGAACGACAGAGACGCCACAGCAAGAAGGAGUGGGGAAGGUGUUCCUGGACCCAACAGAGGCGGCAGCAAGGCGGGAGGCCGAGGAGAGGAGGUUCAGCUUCAGGACUCCCACGAAGUUGGCCUCCCAACAGGCCACCCUUAUGACGAUUAAGACUCCUGAGGACGAGCCGGCGCAGAGACCCCAACCUCUAGUGACGGCCACCUGUCGGGCGCUUCGGUCCGGCACUGCAUGUGGCAGCGCGGGACCCUCUCGGCCGCGUCACGCAGGAGUUGGACCAACCUUGCCGCGAACACACAAAUGAAGCUUCCUUAGGCCGCUCCGACCGAGUGCGCCAGCCAUACCUCUCGCGAGCCCCUACGACAGGAUAGCGCCUACGCGAGGCACAACUUACCUCCACCUUACGGGAGCUGUYACCUCCCCUCGGUGGGCGUAUCCCCGCCGAGCUACCAGUCCACAGUACGAAAGCUAAUCAAUUGCAAUCGCAGAG